AUGCCGAAAGCCGAGUUAAGCUAUUUCAACGUCAGUUACGCCAUUGACGUAACUCGCCAGCAGGGGGGCUCCCUCCCCACAGAUGCCCUGCAGCGCCUGGUCGCCCUGUCUCACGCUCACAGCCAGGAGUGCAGCGUCCUCCCCGCGGUGAAGACCCCCGCAGCCGGCGGGACGGGGGCUCCGUGGAGUGUGGUGUGGGAGUGCCUGGCUGGCCACACCUUCUCCUGGGGGCCCCCCGCAGCGGCGGAGCAGGGCCGUGCCCCACCGGCAGCUGGCGGCCAGCCCUGCCGAGCCGCGUCCCGGCGCAGGAAGGAAAGAGAGGGCAGCUCCCAGCCCAGCUCGCCCUCCUCCCCGGUUGCCAGCCGCAGGCGCUCGCUCCGCCAGGCAGCGCUUUCCCGGGAUGUGUCGGGGGAGGCGGUGAAGGCGGAGGCCAGCCCCACCGGGGACGGGGCUGCAGGGCGGGAAACGGAGGCGCCAUCCCCCGCGGGCAGCACGGACCACGGCACGGACCUAGGAGCCGAGAGCGCUGGCGCUGAGGCAGCUCCCCUGGAGCAGGCAGAGUCUGGCAUGGAAGGGACGGAGCCGGAGAGCACGCCGGGGUUGGAGGAUAGGUCGGAGGAGGCGCCUGCGCCCCCGGAGGACGAGGACGAAGACUUCACCGAGGAGGACGACCUCACGUACACGGACGACCUGCGAGAUGAGAAUUACCACCCCUCGCUGGACAGUCUGGGUGCUUCUCUCUCUAGGGCGUGUGAGGGACUAGCUUCCUCUGUCAUUGGCGAGCCCCCUGACCCAGCUUGGAACCUGUUCCUACGCCCUUCCUGCCCGUCCAGCGACUCCGAGCUACAAAGAGACAGCAGCCAGGACAAGCGCGGCAAAAGUCCCGCGAAGGGGACUUCGGAGCCGGAGCCGGACGAUGACAGCCCUCCGGAGGAGAAGGCGGCGCAGCUUAGACAGAAGAGCCCUGUGUCCUUAAAUUUCCCACUCAACGAUGCUGAAACUGUGCUCGUUGCUGAAAAGUUGUGUCGGUCUCAACCCUCGCGUCCGAAGUUGAGAGUUAAGUUAAUCUCUGAAGAUCUAAGGAGGCCAAACGAGGACGUGGCCCAGAUCGGCCCCAAGCGCAUCAGCUCGGACCACACGGGCGAGAAGCCCUACAGCUGCGCUGAGUGGGGUGAAAGCUUCAGCAGCAGCUCCAACCUGAGCCAGCACCGGCGCAUCCACACCGGGGAGAAGCCCCUGCAGUGCGAGAUCUGCGGCUUCACCUGCCGCCAGAAGGCCUCCCUCAACUGGCACAUGCGGCAGCACGACGCCGACGGCUUCUACCUC